UGGUAUUUUUUUUUGUUUAGUUACGCUACGAUUAUAUUUUCUUUUAAACUUGUGUAGUUACAAAUGCUGUCCUUACCUAUUUCAUUUGCUUUUAUUUCAGAAAUAAUUCUAUAUCUCCAAUUAAUCAAUUAUUAAUAACAUUGAGGUUUUAUGCUACGGGGAGUCACUUGUUAGCUGUGGCAGACAUGGGUGGUAUCAGUGUGGCUACUUGCAGUCGGAUAAUAAAGCGAGUAUCUGCAGCGAUUGUAACUCUACGACCAGAGUUUGUCAACUUCCCUAAUACAAGUGAGGAGCAAGAAAACGUUAAGAUGGAAUUUUAUAAUAUUUCAAGAUUCCCUAAUGUUCUUGGCUGCAUCGAUUGUACACAUGUGAAAAUUCAAUCACCAGGUGGCGAUGAUGCAGAGUUAUUCAGGAACAGGAAGGGAUACAUGUCCAUAAAUGUUCAGACAAUAGCAUCAGCUAAUUUAUUAAUAAGGGAUGUUGUGGCACGUUGGCCAGGUUCAACACAUGACUCGGCUAUUUAUCAAAAUAGUCAUACAUUUAGAAAAUUUGAAAGAGGAGACUUUACUGACAGCUAUUUACUGGGUGACAGUGGAUACCCGUUGAAGAACCAUUUGUUGACUCCUUAUUUAAAUCCUAUGACAAGAGGUCAGCAGAAAUACAACGAGGCUCACAUAAAAACCAGGAAUGUGGUAGAAAGACAAUAUGGAGUCUUAAAACGACGUUUUCCUGUGUUAGCUGUUGGUAUAAGACUGGAAUUGAAAAAUGCAAUAAAUGUUAUUAUUGCGUGUUGUGUUUUACACAAUAUAUGUAUUUUAAGAAAAGAACGUGAGCCGGUGAAUGAAAAUAAUGUUCCUAAUAUAGAGGAACUCAUUUCAAAUGGGCAAAUAGGAAACAUUACCAACAUCACAUCCCAGAACACAUAUGGAUACAGAAGACUACAAAUUACAAAUUAUUUUGAAAACCUGUUACGUGAAAUAAAUUAAUAAUAGCAUACCCUUUAUUUGGUUAA